ACUAAUUCUUCCAGACUUUCGGUUGUUCAAAUUUUAAAUGCUUUCAUUCAAUGUGAAUUUAUUCUUCAACUACCUGUUAGGCUUGCAUUCAAUCCAAGCCCUUAGAUUUUUUUCAUCUGUUUCAUCUAAGGGCAACCAAGGCUUCUAAGUUUGUAAUUCCUUUAGAGUUCCAAAUCGUCUUCGACUCUUCAUUGAUUUGCAACCAGAAGAAACGUUCCAUCAUUGGCCAUUUCAUAUCGCCGCCAAAUCUCUUAUUUUAUGAAAUUUCUGUGAAUCUUUUACUCUUCUCACACGUUACGAUGGCAAGGGCAACGAAAAAUGCAGAGUUUAUAUGUCAAACUUUUCCUCCUCUCUUGAUUCCGGAAGAAGAGCUCAAGCUAGUUAUCCUCUUCAACUUCAACUUCAAGCAAGCUAGAGAAGUUAUUUCCAUCUGCAAUCUACAAACACGCAUCGGCAUAGAGCACACUGAGCAGCAUGGAGGGGGAUUUGAACAACACUGAUCCGGUGGAGUGGUAUGAAAAUGAGAAUUCUCUAGAAAAUGAAAUUAGCAAUGCCAGUAGUGUUAGUUCCACAAAAAAUAUUGAGGAUCAAGAUAUCGAUUCUAUUGAUGUUCAAAUUGAAGGAGAUUCUUUAAAGCAUGCUUAUCAAAGAAAGCCAAGGAGGAAGACUUCUAUAGUUUGGAAAAAUUUUACUGAAUUGGAAAUAAAAGGUGUGAAAAAAAUCAAUGCAAUUGGUGUAAGAGGACAUUCACUAUAUCGAAAUCAAGUUGUACUAGUACGAUAGGUAGGCAUUUGAAAACUUGUUUAUCGUACAUUGGUGCCAAUAAGAAAAAAAAGCAAAAGGUUUUGUCUCUUGAAGCUACGGAGGUUGAUGGUGUAGAGAGCGUAACAAACUUUAUUUAUGAUGAAAAGAAGGCUAGAGAAGUUUGUUCUCAUAUGAUUUUAUAUCAUGAAUACCCUUUUAAUAUUGUGGAGCAUCGAUUUUUUAACAAGUUUGCCAAGACUUUGUCACCACAUUGGGUAAAAAUAUCUCGGACUACAGCAAAAAAAGAUUGCUUUGCCACUUAUGAGAUUGAGAAGAGAAAAUUGAAAACUAUGUUAACACGUGUGCACAAAGUUAACAUAACAACUGAUAUGUGGACGUCGCAUCAGCAAAUUUCUUAUAUGGUUGUCACAUGUCACUUCAUUGAUUCUUAUUGGCAUCUAAAUAGGCGUGUGUUGAACUUUUGUAAUGUACCGCCACCACACACCGGUUUUCUUAUUGCUGAUGCACUACAAAAAUGUUUUCAAGAAUGGGGGAUUGAGAAUAAGAUUUGUUCAAUUACUGUUGAUAAUGCAAGAUCAAAUGAUGUAGCAGUUAGAGUAUUGAAAGAUGUUUUUAACAUGAGAAAAGCCCUUCUUGCUGGUGGAAAAUUGUUUCAUGUUCGAUGUGUUGCACAUAUAACCAAUUUAUUGGUUCAAGAUGGUCUAUGUGAGAUCUCUUCGAUUGUUGAUUGUGUUAGGAACAGAAUAAAAUACUUGGUGGCAUAAGAGGGAAGGUUGGUAAAAUUCAAUGAAAUUGCCAAGCAAUUGCAAUUGACCUCUAAGAAAUUAUUUUUGGAUGUAGCUACACGGUGGAAUAGUACAUAUAUGAUGUUGGCAGCAGCACUUAAGUUCAAGGGGGUCUUUCCAAUGUAUUCAUACAUUGAUUCUGGUUUCAUUUGGUUGUCAUCAUAUGAGGAUUGGGAUAAAGUUGAAAAUGUAUGUCAGUUAUUAGGGGUCUUCAACCAAGUAACAAAUAUUGUCUUAAGGAGUGGCUACCCUACUGCUAAUUUAUUCCUCCCUGAAGUGUGGAAGUGUGGAGGAUGAAAGAGGUCUUGGCUACAACAUGCAAAGAUGAGAAUGAGUAUAUUAAAGCAAUGGCAUAUAAAAUGAGUACCAAGUUUCAGAAAUACUGGGGAGAGUGCAACUUAUUGAUGUCUAUUGCUGUUGUGUUGGACCCAAGGAAUAAGAUGACGAUGAUACAAUUUUCUUUCCCUAUAAUCUAUCAAGAGUUGGAAGCUACCGCGAAUGUUGAUCGUAUCCUUUCAGUUCUGAAUGAGUUAUAUGUUGAGUAUGUCCAAGAAUAUAAUUCAAGUGUUGCUGAGCAAAAUUUACAAAUCAAUGCUAUUGAAUCCUCUUCAAGCAGUUCAAUUAAUGUGGUUGGGAAGAAGAAUGUUCUAACAAGUGGUAGGGACCUUUAUGACUCAUUCGUCAGAAAUGUUGAUACAUUGCAGCAGCCGAUAAAAUCUAAUUUACAAUCCUAUUUGGAGGAGAAUGUUCUCAUUGUUGAAAAGGGUGUGGAAUUUAAUGCCUUGGAUUGGUGGAAGGCAAAUACCCUUAAGUAUCGGAUUUUGUCUAUAAUGGCAAGGGAUAUAUUGUCAAUACCAAUCACCACUGUGACUUCAGAGUCUACAUUUAGUGCUGGUGGGAGGGUCAUUGAUCCUCACAGAUCUAAGUUAUCUACAGAAACUGUGCAAAUGUUAUUGUGUGGGGCUGAUUGGGUCAGAGUGUUACAUGGGAUUGAGGCCACCAAGAGCGGACUAUCUUCAAGAAUGGAUGUCAUGGAUUCUACUACGGAUGAAUGUGCAACAAUUACUGUAGAGACACAAGAGGAUGUAGGCCCAGCUUAGAGAAUUAGCUAGUAGUUUAGGAAAAAUCCUAGUUUAAGGAAUGCCUCCUUGGUCAAGGAGUAAAUUUACAAGUAAGGGGGCAUGAAGCAGAAAAAUUGGGAUUUGAUUUAAUUUGUGAUUGUUUAAUUUUUUUUUUGUAUAAUUUUAUUGAAUCUUGAACAAACUAGUACCUUCGGAUAAAAAUUAGAUGCCAAUUCAUUAUUGAAGAAAACUUAAAAA